CCAAGGCUUGUUGGACCAUUCGCCACACAAUGCAGGCUCAAAAGUGAAAGAGAGGAAACUACAUGGGACUUGUCCUCCUGUUGGUCGUGGAAACCAUGGAAAACCAUGUUUGGGUGAAAGCAGCCACAGGUCCUCAUUUUUCAGUCCCCACAAUGGUUUUCACACGAUACAUUCAGAGCACAGUCCUGUGAAGCCAAGGAUAAUUACAGUGGUGAAACCCGGGGGACGAACGCUCAGGAGGAUAACCUUGCUUCUCAACAGGAGAUCAGUACAGACCUUUGAGCAGCUGCUGGCUGACAUUUCAGAAGCUCUGGGAUUUCCUCGUUGGAAGAAUGACCGUGUGAGGAAGCUGUACAAUCUGAGAGGCAGAGAAAUCCGAAGUGUUUCUGAGUUCUUCAGGGAAGGUGAUGCGUUCAUAGCUAUGGGGAGGGAGCCGCUCACUUUGAAGGACCUGGAGGUGGUAUUACAAGAGCUUUAUCCUGAAAAUCCUUAUGCUGCCAGUGCUGCCAUUCAGCAGAAUGAGGAGCAGUCCCAAAAACUGAAGAGUGGGCUGUAUGACAAGGCCUCAAAAGUAGACAGUGGCUUUGAUGAGACAGAAAUGACCAAGAACUGCAGCGAUGGCUUGUCUUCCCAGUUGGUGACUGGACAUGAGGGAAAAAGUCAAGUCAAGACAAAGCAAGAGGAAAAAAUGAGAACCAAAAAAAAGUGGACUAGAGAGAGCUGGGGUGGUGAGCACGGAGUGAAGCCUUCUAGAAAAACACGAGAAAGUGAAAGGUACCUUAACCAUGAGAGGAGUUCUGAGGAAGGCUUAGAAGACAGUUCGGAGGAGGUGCUGAGGUGUGAGAAAUGCGAACAGGAAAGGCAGGCCAGAGAAAAGUUACGAAGGGAAAGGCAGGCUGAGGCCUCAUUUGAGAAUAGAGACUUGAAUGCAGGUGCGUGUCAGAGGUACCACGUAGAAAGAAAUACAAAAGUCAGGAAGUGCCGGAAGUCUCCUGAAACUUGUCUGGAGGGUGAGGAAGUUGGCUGGAAAGAUAAUGGCAGUAGGCGGAUGUGGAAGCCGCUACAUAGGAUCGUUAGUGAAGGGCUGGAGAAACAGAAGAGGAGCGUUGAGAAAGAAAGGGAUGUAGAGAAGCAUGAAAACCAUGGGAAGGAAGUAGUAAAAAUCAGGAAGAAUGCCGUAGAAGGGCUCCAGCUAUCUCAUGAAGUGAAGGAAGAUAAUGGAAGUAGCUGUGUAAUGAGCCAAAGUGGUUGGCUAAAGAAAGACUCUCUGAGGGAUGCUGAGAAAAUGUCUAAAACACAUAGGGAGGGCAGAGAGGGACAAAGGGCUAAAGAGGAAACUACCAGAAGAGAGGGGCAUGCCACAUGUAGAGAGAGUGACAUGACUCGACGAGAAAAAACAGGGGAGCGCAGAGUGAAUAAAGAAGACAACAAAGCUCAGGGAUUGGAAAGCGCAAGCCGGAGGUAUGCCAUUAAAAGCAGAACUGAUGUGGAAAAGCACUAUGAGAUUGGCAGAACUAUUGGGGAUGGGAACUUUGCAGUGGUGAAGGAAUGCCGCCACUGUGAUUCCAAUCAGAUCUAUGCAAUGAAAAUUGUUGAUAAAUCCAAGCUGAAGGGGAAGGAGGACAUGAUGGAAAGUGAAAUCCUGAUUAUUCGGAGUCUCUCUCAUCCCAAUAUAGUAAGCUUAAUUGAGGUGUAUGAGACAGAAGCUGAGAUCUACUUAAUAUUAGAGUAUGUCCCAGGAGGUGACUUAUUUGAUGCAAUCAUAGAAAGUGUGAAGUUCACGGAGCAUGAUGCUGCUGUCAUGAUCACUGACCUGUGUGAAGCACUGGUUUAUAUUCACAGCAAGAACAUUGUCCACAGGGACCUCAAACCGGAGAACCUUUUGGUUCAGCACAAUGCAGAUAAAUCUACUACACUGAAACUGGCAGAUUUCGGCCUUGCUAAGCAGGUUACAAAACCCAUAUUUACUGUCUGUGGAACACCAACGUAUGUUGCUCCUGAAAUACUUGCUGAGAAGGGCUAUGGCCUUGAAGUGGACAUGUGGGCAGCUGGUGUGAUCCUUUACAUCCUGCUCUGUGGCUUUCCCCCUUUCCGCAGUCAGGACCGUGAUCAGGAGGAGCUGUUUCAGAUCAUACAGCUGGGUCACUACGAGUUCCUAUCCCCUUACUGGGACAAUAUUUCUGCAGCAGCAAAAGACCUCAUCACCAGGCUGCUGAUAGUGGAUCCCCAGAAGCGCUACACAGCACGCCAAGUACUUCAGCACCCCUGGAUCAGAACAGCGGGGAAAACUAACAGCAGGAAUUUGCAGAGGGAAGUGACAAUAAACAUUGAGCGCCAUUUCCGGGCCCAGCGCCGAAAGGAAGUUGUUGAUGAGGACACAUGAAAUCCUUCAAGCUCAUUUUGUCUUCUUUUUAUUGAUUAAGAAAUCAUUUAUGUUUUCUUUUUUUUUAAAUGAAUUGGGAAUUUAAUGUGUAGCUGUUGGUGGCUAUUGCCAUGCCUUUUGCCUUUUUUUUUUGAUUCUGAGAUUCUGAAGGACAGAGAUCAAAUUCACAUUCACCUCUUUUGAUGUUACUUGGCAGUCUCUCUGUUGAAAGCAGUGGGGGACUAGAUAAAUUCUGGAGGGUAUCUAUUAUUUUUCUUUAAGUACACAUUUGGGCUUUUACAUCCUUUACAAAUGUUUGCUUCUGUGACUGACACUAGUGGUGAGUCUUCUCUCAACCUUUUUGUAUAUCCUCCAGGAGUUUUGUGUUUCUAAUGUUUUCAAAAUAUCUGUCUGCAUACACAUCUUGGACUAAUUCUUUAAAUUCCUUCUAUCCACAGAGAAGGAAGAAUAAAAAUAAAUAUAUACUUUAGCUGUAGAAUAUAAUAUAUAAUCAGCCAGAUACUGUUUUUAUUAAGUUGUGAGGAAAUACAAACCCUUAUUGACCAAAUCUGAUAUUUUAUGAUAUCUCCCUUGGCAACAUCUGUCACUGGUUGUUCAGGCUAAUAGAUGGUACAAUGUUGCUGUUACAAGAAGGUGGUGCUGUGUACUGUGGAGGUUUCAUUUGUUUUUAGAAGGUGGAAGAUAUGGCUGAUACCUUUUCAAGAUUCAAAUAAUAACAACUUUCAAAGAGGUUUUCUUCCUACUCUGGGCAAUAGGAGGUUAAGUGGUUCCAAGGGCACUUUGCUUCUUUUCCCAAAGUCAUAAUUAUGGAAUGGUAACUCAGUCAUUUUUCCAUAUUGAGAUUUUUCCCUCUUAGAGGCAUCCAUGUGCAUCUUUGACUUGUCCAUGCUGAUGAAGAAGAAAAAGCUGGGAAAUUGUGACUAAAGUUAACCCUUGCCUUCACAGUUUCCCUUUCAUCAAUACACUUCACAGCUGAAUUGUUUUUUUACAUUUUUUCAGUGUAGUUUAGCAAUUGGUUUAUUUGCUUGGGUUUUUUCUCACUCUUACCCUUGCUGUGACCUUUUUCUCCUUGCUUCCAUGAGAAUAGGAAAUGGGAUGAAAUUAGACUAAAAUCCAGCUUGGGGAAAAACAACUCGGCUGUGGAAAGUUCUCCCAGGGGGAGUGUCAGAUGCUCUAUUGCACGUGUUUUUUUAAUAUUUUUAUUGGAUGCAGUUUUAAAGAAAUCCUGUGGGGGAAAAAUACAGCCCAGAGAGGGGCUAUGACCUGGACCAGCUUUUGAAUCUCAGAACUUUUGAUUAACUAAUUCAAAAUGCACUUGAGUUUUCCAUUUUAUAAUGGAAAUUUAUUUGUCCUCGAGUUCCAUGUGAUAGAAAAUUAUAUUGAUGUUAGAAUAUAAGUGGUGUUGGCAUUGAAUACACAGCCUUUAGAAAUGAAAGAGGGUGUUUUACUCUUGGAGAGCUGCUGUUCUGCCUUUGUAUUUCAUAAAGACAAAUGUCAGAAGCAUUUCAGAAUCAGUGAAACAUUUUCACAGCUAUAUUAACCAGAAUAUUAUUUUUUGGUGAGUGCUAAUAUUUUGUGUGAACUUGCUGAAUAACCAAAAAGUGUAGGGUGCUGUCAUCAUGUUCCUGUUACAUCAUCAC